ACAAUGGCGCAGCAGACACAACAGACGUGUGGAUACUACACGAGCUCUUACGCCAUGGAUGAAGACAGAGCUAUAUACGGUCUGGGAUCGAACCGAGACAUGCCGUCUUUAUGUCCCAACUGCAAAGGCAACCCAAGAGAUCGGGUUAAUUGCAAUCGAUGUGGCGCAACGGGAAUGUUAGGCGUUCCUGGCAUCAGCGCCGGCAACGGGCGACGGGAGAGAGGUCAAACUUCUGGAGGCCCUAGCUCUGGACGAGGGAAUUCUAGGGGGGACUCCUCGGUAUUUCGAAGUUCGAAACGAUGAACGAUUGUUGGAAAGAUAAGGGAUAUGCUCUAUCUAGGUGCUUAGCUCAGCUACCUAAGUCUACCUAGUACUGGAUAAAGGGGCAUGAGAUUGUAUAUGUUUCUAUUGACUUACGUGGAUUGAGAUGUUUCUUUUACAUCACCAUUGGUUGGAGGUGAGAUUUCUGUAUGAGGUCGGAGAGAUAUGGGUGCUAUAUUGAUCAAUCUGAACAAGAAUCUACUUAACUCCUAACUCCUAGUUCGAGUCUAGUCAAGUUGAUGCCCCAUUUAACUUGGGCAUAUCGUAAUAUCCACAGUGGUCAUGAGUAAGAGGCAGAUAUCUACCUAUUCUUACACGCCUUCUCUAUAAGCAAUAGUGCAAUGUACCUAUAUUAGCUGAUAAUAC